AUGGCACACAAGCUCGAAGACUACAAAGUAGGAUGGAUUACUGCUCUUCCGAUCGAAGCGGCAGCGGCAAAGUCAAUGCUCGACACCGUCCAUGACCGAUUACCAACACCUGAUCAUGAUUCUAAUAUCUACACCUUCGGCCAUACCAACUCUGGUAACGGGACAACGAACAGCGGACACAAUGUCGUGAUCGCUUCUGGCCGUCCCGGAACAACAACCGCUGCGACCGUCGCCAAUGACAUGCGGAGGGCAUUCCCCUGGCUUCGCAUCGGUUUGAUGGUUGGUAUCGCAGGAGGCGUCUGGCACCCUGACACCGACGUUCGUCUUGGAGACAUAGUAGUUGGAGUUCAUCCCAAGGGUGAAGCUGGUGUCAUUCAAUAUGAUUACGGCAAGCAAGUCCAAGACGAAGCCUUCAUCAAGACAGGUGUUAUGAACAAAGCUCCAGCAAUCCUCCUGAACGCCGCGGCCGCAGUUCAAGCAGAUCAUCUGGGUCUCGACGCGCCAGAUAUGGCCUACGUUAUUCACCUUGAACGGACUAAGGCCAAGAAGUUUUCGAAACGCCCCGCUCAAGACAGGCUCUACAAUGCUACAUAUCUACAUUCAUCUGGAUCGUGUGACGACUGCGACGAAAAACAGAUGCGCGAAAGAGUCGUACGCGAAUAUGCGACGAUACCCAAAGUACACUAUGGGCCUAUCGCUUCUGGCAAUCGACUCGUUCGUGAUGCCGUCUUUGCGGAGGAGGUCAGGAAAAUAUACGGCAAUAUGUGUUUCGAGAUGGAAGCUGCAGGACUCGACGACUUUCCUUCGCUCACGAUCCGAGGCAUUUCCGACUAUUGUGAUACACACAAGAACGACGAAUGGCAUCAGUACGCAGCUGUCGCGGCUGCAGCAUAUGCGAAAGAGCUACUAAGUGUGAUUCCACCAACCGCAGUAGCGCAGCUUCCACAGCUUGGUUAG